UCCUUCUGAGAUUAUUAGUAUUACAAAAAGUACAUACUAUCAGAAAACAUCUAUGAAAAUUCUAAUUUUUAUGACGUUAAUUAGAACAAGCUCUGAGGCUUGACAAAUGUUCCUGAAAGAGUUGCAGUGCCUGUCUUCAACUUGAAAGUUUUGGGUCAAGUUGACCUCAUAUUGUUUAUUGGCUUAAUAUCUAAUUAACGAUUUUAUUAUUUCUGUUGAUUUUUUUUGUGUUUUAGGAGAUGGUGUAAAAAGGAGAUAUUUUAAAAGGGUUUGCUUCAUCUUAUCACAUGCCCCUUAAGUGUUUGCAGGUUUAUAGGUAGUCCAUUUAUGCUGUAAACGUUCAAAGAGCAAACUGUGAUUGGGCUCAUAAAUCCUGAACCUAGACAACAUAAUCAUGAGUCACUCUGCAGUGGUUCCUCUUUCUUGAAAAUUAGGCUGGGAGAUUAACCGAGCUGCACAGCAGAACCUGAAAAGUUCAACUACUGAAGACUGUUCCAGGAUUGAAGACUGCGUCAUUUGCAGUGGAUGCUGUUAAUGCUUUGACAAACUUAUUAAGGAAGAAAAUGGCACAGACACAAAUUCCGAUGGAUUCUGUAGUUUCCUGUUCGAUCUGUUUGGACCUACUGAAGAAUCCGGUGACUAUUCCCUGUGGACACAGCUACUGUUUGAACUGCAUUAAAGACUACUGGGAUGGAGAGGAUCAGAGGAGAAGCCACAGCUGCCCUCAGUGCAGGAAAGAGUUUAAACCAAGGCCUGUCCUGGAGAAAAACAUCAUGUUAUCAGAGUUGGUGGAGGAUCUGAAGAAGACUGGCCUCCAAGCUGCUCCAGCUGAUCAUCACUAUGCUGGACCUGAAGAUGUGGCCUGUGAUGUCUGCACUGGGAGGAAGAUAAAAGCUGCCAAGUCCUGUCUGGUCUGCUUGGUGUCUUACUGUGAGAAUCACCUCCAGCCUCACUAUGAUGUUGCUCAGUUUAAGAAGCACAAGCUGGUGGAUCCCUCUAAGAACCUCCAGGAGAACAUCUGCUCUCGUCAUGAUGAGGUGAUGAAGAUCUUCUGUCGUACUGAUCAGCAGUGUAUCUGUUAUCUCUGCACUAUGGAUGAACAUAAAGGCCAUGAAACAGUCCCAGCUGCAGCAGAAAGGACUCAGAAGCAGAAGGAGCUCCAGGUGAGACGAGAAAACAUCCAGCAGAGAAUCCAGGACCAAGAGAAAGAUGUGAAGCUGCUUCAACAGGAGGUGGAGGCCAUCAAUGUCUCUGCUGAUAAAACAGUGGGGGACAGUGAGAAGAUCUUCACUGAGAUGAUCCGUCUGAUCAAGAAAAGAAGCUCUGGUGUGAAGCAGCAGAUCAGAUCCCAGCAGGAAACUGAAGUGAGUCGAGUCAAAGAGCUUCAGGAGAAGCUGGAGCAGGAGAUCACUGAGCUGAAGAGGAAAGACGCUGAGCUGAAGCAGCUCUCAGACACAGAGGAUCACAACCAGUUUCUCCUCAACUACCCCUCACUGUCAGCACUCAGUGAGUCUACACACUCACCCAGCAUCAAGAUCCAUCCUCUGAGAUACUUUGAGGAUGUGACAGCAGCUGUAUCAGAGGCAAAAAAAUUUCUUGGGAACAUUUUGAUGGACAUAGCAACAAACAUAUCGAUGACAGUGAGUCAAGUGGAUGUUUUACUGCCAGAACCAGAACCAAAGAGCAGAGCUGACUUGUUAAAAUAUUCAACAGAAAUCACUCUGGAUCCAAACACAGCAAACAAAUUCCUGUUAUUAUCUGAAGGAAACAAAAAAGCCACAUUAAUGAAACAACAGCAGCCUUAUCCUGAUCAUAAAGACAGAUUCACGUAUUUCUGUCAGGUGCUGAGCAGGCAGAGUCUGUUUGGACGCUGUUACUGGGAGGUGGAGUGGAGAGGGGGAGAAGUUGAAGUUGCCGUCACAUACCAAGAUAUUGCCAGAGCCGGGACAUCAGAAAAAUGUGGAUUUGGACUAAACAGCAGAUCCUGGGCUUUGCACUGUGGCACGACUAGUUACUCCUCUUCCUACAACAGAGUUAAAACUCCAGUCUCAGGUCCAGUUUCCUCCAGAGUAGGAGUGUACCUGGACCACAGAGCAGGUAUUCUGUCUUUCUACAGCGUCUCUAAAACCAUGACUCUCCUCCACAGAGUCCAGACCACAUUCACUCAACCUCUACAUGCUGGUCUUUGGCUUUUUGAUUACGGAACCACUGCUGAGCUCAUUAGAGUUAAAUAGAGUAUGUCGCAAACUGGCUUUAUGGUCCCAUGAAGACCACAGUUUGAGUCUUGAUGUAUUUGUAGCUGAGUCUUAGCAGAGUUACUGGUGACGGUGCAGAAAUGCUGUAAUCACUGAAUUACACAGAGCUACCAUAAAGUUAUUCCCCAGACGAGGCUCCUGCAAUCAUGUUCAAAUGCAAUGUUGAAGACCAUGAAAUGGUUUAUUUACAUGCAUGUCAGUAAAAAACAAGUAAUGCAUUUUUAAGUGAAUCUUAAUUUUUUGUUUGGAAGUUUUAAACUCAAUGUAACUUUUUUUUUAUUUUCCAUGCCCUGCAUAUUUCCGUGCAUGUUGGGAACUUUGAGUUCACCUUUUAGACCAGUAUAGGCCGGUACAGCUACAAGGUUUUGUCAUUCUAUUUAAUAAAAACAUUACUAUUUUUCCGACUGGUUUUUAAAGCUCACUGAUUAAGUGAAAGAAUUACCCUUCAAAUACUUUUUGAGAUUUGAUAUUGAUAAGAGAUGCUGUAUUUAAAUUUAAAAUCAGACUGAUGAGAUGUUUGUACAUUAACAAAAUAGUCCACCAUUGUACACUAGAAAUCAGGAGGUGGGAAUCAAUUAACUGAUUGGUUAAUACUUGAUUAAUGAUUUAGGAGGAUUUUAAGAUUGAAUUGUAAAGAUAUGAACGUGAUGAUGUGUGACUUUUGGAUUCAGUUAAUGUUUAUCUUUGUUUUAUUUGACAGGUUUUUGACUACAGUCCAACAAAAUUAUGUUUUAUUUUUCAGUUUCAAACGCUAAAGCUUCUCCAUUAAACCUUGUCUUA